AUGGCAAACCUCGUUCUUCCAGAUACAAAAAUGAAUGAUUUGACAACAAAUUUUUUGGUCACUCUGACCUUUCUGGCCACGGUAGGCGUGUUUCAGAUGGCUUUGGCCGCCUUUGACUUGCCGUCUGGUGCCAACGAUCUCCUCAAUGUCCAGCCAGUCAAUAUGGAAUUCAAUUGUGAGGGACGAAAGUACGGUUAUUACGGGGACAUCAACAACGAUUGUCAGCUGUUCCAUAUUUGCUUGCCCAUUGAAGACGCGGAUGGGAACGUCAUCGACACCAAUCAUUGGACCUUCUUGUGUUCCAAUGGCACCAUUUUCGAUCAACAGACCCUGAGCUGUAAUUACAUCUCGGAUUCGUUUCCAUGUGAGGAAUCUGAAUCACUUUAUGGGACCGUGAUGUUCGGGUUACAAGAUGACGAGCUCUUCAAAAAGCUCUGAAAGGAGCGAGCGCCCAUCUACAAAUCAUGUACAAAUCAUGUUCCAAUAAAUCCAUUUCCAUUCCCAGAUGCGUCGAUUUCUCCGCAUCGUCUCUCAAUGGAUGACUUACGUUUGCCGAAUCGGGAACGAAGCGGCGACGUGUUGGUUAUUUAUUCGAUAUGCAUUCGGCAAUG